UGACGUCGCUACGUCAAUUGGUUGUCCGAUCGAGUUACGUUUAGCCAUAUAAACGAUGUAGUGGAAUGUGGUUUUCAUUUGUUUCCUGUCGAUUAUUCUUCAGCGUCAACAAUGAUUAACACUUGUUGAGAAUGCGUCAUAUUCCAGAAUGAGAUAACACCAUGAUAACAAUAGUUUUUAUCGGUUUCCCCAGUUUGCAUUGCUCAUGCAAUUGAGCGUGUAAUUUGAGGUAGAUUGAAAUUUCACCGCUAUAUUCAAUAUUUUGUAUAAAUUUUGUAUAAAUUGAAAAAAGGAAGCUCGACUGCGUUAACAUAUGUAUCGUGCAGACAUGUCUUUUCGCGUGGUACGCACAAGCAAGUUUCGCCACGUGUACGGAACCCCCCUGAAACGUGAACAAUGUUACGAUAAUAUUAGAGUGUCCAAAUCGUCGUGGGACUCUACGUUUUGUGCCGUAAAUCCGAAAUUUCUCGCCAUUAUCGUAGAAUCGGCGGGUGGCGGUGCCUUCAUAGUCUUGCCGCACAAUAAGGUAGGAAGAAUAUCAGCAGACUAUCCUCUAGUAGGUGGACACAAAGGACCUGUAUUAGAUAUUGCAUGGUGUCCUCAUAAUGAUAACGUCAUAGCUUCUGGUUCCGAAGAUUGUGUUGUCAAAGUAUGGCAGAUACCUGAUGGGGGUAUUUCUAGAACGUUGACUGAAUCGAUAGUAGAUCUACAAUUGCAUCAACGCAGAGUUGGUUUAGUGCUAUGGCAUCCAUCUGCAUUGAAUGUGUUGCUCACAGCUGGCUCGGACAAUCUUGUUAUUAUUUGGAAUGUGGGUACAGGAGAAGCUUUAGUCCGCAUUGAUUGUCAUCCAGAUGUGGUUUAUUCCGCAUGUUGGAACUGGGAUGGAUCUCGAUUAGUUACUACUUGUAAAGAUAAAAAGAUUAGAAUUUUGGAUCCACGAUCGGGUGAAGUGUUAGAAGAAGCUAUAGCGCAUGAAGGAAGCAAAGCUACUCGUGCCAUCUUCCUUAGGGGUGGCUUGAUCUUUACGACUGGUUUCAGUAAAAUGUCGGAAAGACAAUAUUCAUUACGUGCUCCCGAUAUGUUGGGCGAGCCUAUAGUUAUGGUAGAAUUAGACACGAGUAACGGAGUUAUGUUCCCUCUGUACGAUCCCGAUACAAAUUUAGUAUACUUGUGCGGCAAGGGUGAUUCUGUGAUCCGAUAUUUUGAAAUUACACCCGAACCGCCAUUUGUUCACUAUAUCAAUACUUUUCAAACUCCCGAUCCUCAACGAGGUAUAGGAAUGAUGCCAAAACGAGGCUGUGACGUUAAUAGCUGUGAAAUAACAAGAUUCUAUCGAUUAAACAAUUCAGGUUUUUGCCAAGUAGUAUCUAUGACAGUGCCGAGAAAGUCUGAGCUCUUCCAAGAAGAUCUAUAUCCCGAUACUGCUGGUGAUACCGCUGCCAUUUCGGCGGAAGAAUGGGAGUCCGGUACCGAUGCAGAGCCUGUAUUGAUAUCUCUCAGGGACGGCUAUCAGCCAUCCGCAUCUAAGAAUGAACUUAAAGUACAAAAGAAAUCUAAUAUAUUGAAUAAAGGCGCCAAAGUUGCGUCUAACGCUGCACAAAAUACCACGCAAGUUUCGCCAGGAGCUUGUGAGGAAUUGUUGAAGGAAUGCAGAGAAGAAAUAAGAAAAUUGAAAGCCGUAAUUGUAAAACACGAAGGAAGGAUACGAGUCUUGGAAUCAGCGGUCGCUCUUCAAAUGAAGGAAGAAGCGAGAAAAGAGAAAUCAGCUUCUCCCGAUGGCAAAGAAGCACUCGCUUCCGAUGAAGUGUAAAUCUUCGACAAAGUUCCGACGUGAUGUUUAUUUCUAAUUGGAACGUACUUCUCUCUUAUUAGGAUCACUAAUAUUGUGUAAUAAGAAUGAUCGUAUAUUUUGAUAUAACAACUUGUGUAAAUAGUAGGUUUUAGCGUAUACUGCGUGUGUCUUGAUUCUCUCUCUCCAACGAUUUUUGCUAUUUAUUGUACAUCUAAUCAUCGUACAUUCUCUGCAUUUGUAUUAUGUUUACAUGUUACUAUUAUAUAUAUAUUCGGAAAGUUUGUGCGGUUUUUACAGUAUUUUUUAUGUUUCCAACUUUGUCAGAUGUUUGUAAAUAGUACUUUUGGAAACAUUUUAAAUGUCGGAUAACUUUCUAAGUGUAACGUGGAUUUUCAUUUAUCACAGCUAUAAUUUGAUCGUCAUCAGUAAUGGAUAGUCUAUUCGAGUUUUUCUCAUUGUUGUGAUAUUCAAAUUUCCAACUUUAAAUUUGAUAAAUUACUUUUGAACAACUUUCUUCCAGCUAGCAUGUCUUCCUCAUAUACAGUACAUAUUAUCCUUUUUGUCGGUUGAGUAGCAUUUUUGGAAAUAAAAAAAACAAUAAAUAACGAUACAAUUUUACAAAAGAAGUAGAAAUAAAUUUGUUAAAACAAUAUUUUUUUAAGUUAAAAUGGAUUUAUCUUUUAUUGCGUAUAAAUCAAAUGGUUAUUUGCAGCAAAGCUGAUGUCACAUUGAGAUUUAUUUGCUUUUUCUUCUAUAUCUAAAAACCGCACAUCUUUCCGGAUAUUCUUAUAUAUGUAUACACAACAUACGUGUACACAUACAUAUAGAUAUAUUUUAUAGAUGUUAAUCAUACAUGACAGUGUAUGUUUCUAGAGUUAAGUUUUUGAUCCAUAUAAUGAUAUAGAAUACGAAACUUAUGUACAUGAAUCUUUGUACGAAUAAUGAUUUGUGAUGUACGCGAGUGCCUAACUUGUACAGAUAUUUGCUGUUGAAUAACAAAGAGUAUUAUUUUGUUUCAACACAUUGUGUAUAUAUAUACAGGGUGCGUCAGCUAAAUCUGGACAAAAUUAAAUUAGAAUUCCUUGCUACGUGUGAAUUUAGGAACAAAUGAUUGUUAAUGUUCGCGUUAGUCAAAUGUUUGUGUAAAACGUGUAUAACCUUUAAAAUGUCCGAGUCAAUAAAAUCAAGUGCGGAAUACAAUCGAA